GUUAACAUUUCGAUCCCUUCUCCUCUCUCUGCUCUCCUUUCUUUUAUUACCAUUUCCCCUCUCUUCUUCUCCUUUGGUUAUUGAGAUUCCCCUAGCUACACAAUCUUUGAUCCAUCUCUGGUGUCUUCAUUUUUUGGCGGUGCUCGAUUUGCAACCCAAAAAGUUGUGAUAUCUUGUGCUUUUAGUUUGGAUAUGAGCUCUGUUUGUGGUAAGUUGGAUUUUGAAGAUGCAGACUAUGAGAUCUCGGCUUUGAGUCCCACACAAUGUUCUAAAGGCUCGAAGCAUACCUCCUUUACUGGAUCUGAAGAUUCUCAAGAGUCUGAUGGAGAUGAAACUGGUUAUAUUGACCAAACUGUGAAUGAAGAAACUACUGAUGAUAAGGAUUUCAGCAAAUCCACUUUAAGUCCUAAAUCUUCCAAUGAUGAAGACAAGGAUGAGAACCUUACGACUACAACAGCUGUUCUCAUCCCAGCGAUAAAAGGUAGUCGAGAGAAGCAUGGCUUGUCACUGAGGAAGUCGAAUAUUUCAUGGGCGGCUGAUGUGUAUGAUCCUCCUCCCUCGAUAGCCUCCCACACAAGAAACAAGAAACAGCAGCAGAAAACCAAGAGCAAAGACAACCACAGGAAGACCGGAAAGAAAGGACAGAAGGGCAAAGACAACUCUUCCUCGCGUGGGGGCAGCAGCAAAGACAAGAAGAAAGCUUCUUCUCGCAAACACAGCUGCGAGAAAUUUGAAUGGAUAACUCAGAUGCCUAUAGUUGCAGCAUCUUCUUGAAUGGCAUUUGCUACUAAUAACCAAGCACAUCUUUCAUCACAUCUAUGAGCUUUGGCCACCUCUUGUCUAAUAUAUUAAUCAAAUCUUUGUGUGUGUUUCUCGUUGAGUUUCAUAACUUUUCUUAUGUGUAAUAGAUGAUCCUCAACACUAUUGUAUGGUUUGUUGCUUCUCUUUUUGUUCUUCUUCUCCGGAUUUAGUUUCCUUUUAAAAGGAAGACACUAUAAAGAAGUGGAAUAGUGUUACUUACUAAUUA